AUGGAAAAGUAUUUCAAAAGAAAAUCAACAUUAGAGUCUCAACAAGUUAAUAAAGUGGAAAAUACAUCAACACAACCAUUAGAGCCAUCUUUGAAAAAAAGAUUUUUAGAUGUUGAUUUGGAUAAUCUUCCUGCUGAUCCUGGAAAGAGGAAUCAAAUGUCAUGUUAUCAUCCAAAUGAUCGAGAUGAAAUUCAAAGAGCUUAUUUACAAAAAGGGCCUUUUCAACCAAAGGAGCAUAAUUUUCCCCAACGACAAAUUGGUACGUCUUUACGUAAGUUCAAUCCUGAUUGGUUUCUUGAAUUUGGUAGUUGGUUGGAAUAUAGUGUAUCAAAAGAUGCUGUGUUUUGUUUAUGUUGUUACCUUAUGAGAUAUGAGAUAGGAGAACACAAAGGUUGGGAUGCAUUUGUGACUGAGGGAUUUUCAAAUUGGAAAAAGAAAGAUAGACUCAAUGUCCAUGUGGGAGGUCCUAAUAGUGCUCACAAUCAAGCUUGGAGAAAAUGUAAUGCACUGAUGAAUCAAAAACAACAUAUUGAAGUUGCUAUCAACAAACAAUCUGACUUGAUUAAGAGGGAAUAUCGAAUUCAUUUAACUGCAAUAGUUGAUUGUAUUCGACUUUUAUUAAAGUUGGGAUUGGCAUUUCGCGGUGAUGAUGAAUCGAUGAAUUCAAAGAAUAAAGCUAAUUUUCUUGAGAUUCUACAAUUUCUUUGUAAUAAUAAUGAAGAGAUUGAUAAAGUAUUGAAAAAAGCUCAGGGAAAUCUCAAAUUAGUGUCACCUAGCAUUCAAAAAGAUAUUGUGAAAGCUGCUGCUUGUGAGACCACAAAAGUUAUUAUUGAUGAUCUUAACAAUGAUUUCUUCUCUAUUUUAAUUGAUGAAUCUCGAGAUGUUUCAGUUAAAGAGCAAAUGGCUGUUGUUUUACGCUAUGUAGACAAGAAAGGAUGUGUCAUUGAGAGAUUUCUUGGCAUUGUCCAUGUUGCAAAUACAAGUGCUAUGUCUUUAAAGUUGGCACUAGAGUCUUUAUUGGCAAAGUUCAAUUUAAGCUUUUCAAGAGUUCGUGGACAAGGAUAUGAUGGGGCUAGUAAUAUGCGAGGGGAGUUUAAUGGACUCAAAAGUUUGAUUUUAAAAGAAAAUAAUUGUGCAUUCUAUGUUCAUUGUUUUGCUCACCAACUCCAAUUGGCACUUGUAGCGGUUGCUAAAAAGCAUGAUGAUAUUGCUUGGUUUUUUCUUGUAGUUAACAAUUUAUCUAAUGUUGUUGGAGCUUCAUGCAAGCGUAGAGAUAUUCUUAGAGAAAGUCAAAUUCUUAAAGUAAUGGAAGCAUUAGAGAGUGGAGAAAUUUUAACUGGCCGCGGCUUGAAUCAAGAAACUACACUAACAAGAGCCGGAGAUACUAGAUGGGGAUCACAUUAUGGUACAUUGCUAAGGUUGGUUUCUUUGUUUCCUUCUGUCUGUGAUGUGCUAGAUAUAAUUUUAAAAGAUAGCCUUAGUGCAGAGCAACGAGUUGAAACUCGUCAAUUAUUGAAUACUUUGCAAUCCUUUGAAUUUAUUUUUAAAUUGCAUUUGAUGAGAAAUAUAUUGGGAAUUACUAAUGAUUUGUCUCAAGCACUACAAAGAAAAGAUCAAGAUAUUGUAAAAUCUAUGACAUUUGUUAAAGUAUCAAAGGAAAGAUUGCAAAAUAUGAGAGAAUAUGGUUGGUCUAGUUUACUUGAUGAAGUGACAUUGUUUUGUGAGAAGCAUAGUAUUGACAUUAUAAAUAUGGAUGGUGCCUUCAUGUUACAUGGAAAACCAAGGCGUAAUGUUGAAAUAGUUUCAAACUUGCAUCACUUUCAAGUCGAGGUAUUUUAUCAAGUGAUUGAUAGACAACUUCAAGAGUUGAAUAAUAGAUUUGCAGAGGUGAAUAGUGAAUUGCUUAUUUGUGUAGCAAGUUUAAGUCCACGGGAUUCAUUUUAUGCAUUUGAUAAGGAAAAAUUGAUUAAGUUGGCUCAAUUUUAUCCCUCUGAAUUUUCUCCAAUAGAGCUCAUGGGACUCGACAAUCAACUUGAAAAUUAUAUCAUGGAUGUUUGUUCUAGUGAACAAUUUUCUAAUUUACAUGGAAUUAGUGAUCUUUCAAGAAUGAUGGUGGAGACUAAAAAACACAUUGCUUAUCCGAUGGUGUAUUUACUUAUGAAGUUGGCGUUACUUUUGCCUGUGGCUACAGCAACAGUUGAAAGAAGUUUCUCAGCUAUGAAUUUUGUGAAGAAUCAACUGCGCAAUCGGAUGGGAGAUGAAUUUUUGAAUGAUUGCUUGGUAACAUACAUAGAAAGUGAUAUAUUUGAUGGUGUUGCAAAUGAAAAUUUUUUACAACACUUUCAAAAUAUGAAGACACGUAGAGAGCAAUUAUAA